GAUAUCAAUAGUACCGAACAUGUUGCUAUAGUAAUAGUGCAUUACACACAAUAAUACAACAUUAGGGUGGAAUUUGCUGCUGUUAAUAUUAUAAAAAUGAUAACUCAAAAUGAUAGGUUUGCCAAUUAUCAAAGAAUUAAGUGCAUUGGAAAGGGUGCGUUUGGUACAGCUACAUUGUAUCACAAAUUAUCAACUAACACCGAAGUUGUCAUAAAAGAGAUAUUUCUAUCCGAUAUGACUGAAUUAGAAAAACAGUUAGCAUUUAAUGAAGUGGAAGUUUUGGCUUCACUUGAUCACACGAACAUUAUAAGAUACAUGGGAAACUUUGAAAAAGAUGGUUCUCUCUUCAUCGAAAUGGAAUAUGCAAAUAGUGGAAAUUUAGCACAAUUAAUAAAUUCACGCAAAGAGCGCAACUAUCCAUUUAAAGAAGCUGAUAUUGUGGACAUAAUGAUGCAAAUCACAUCAGGCAUAAGUUAUAUGCACUCCUGUAAAAUUUUGCAUAGAGACUUAAAAACUGCAAAUAUUUUUUUAAAUAGAAACAGUUCUUUAAAAAUUGGGGAUUUUGGAAUAUCAAAAAUCAUGACGACGCGCAUUCAAGCACAAACUGUUGUAGGCACUCCCUACUAUUUAAGUCCGGAAAUGUGUGAGGGUCAAGAGUAUGAUGAAAAAUCUGAUGUAUGGGCAGUGGGAUGCAUUCUUUACGAAUUGGCGAAAUUUCACAAACCUUUUGAGGCUACAACUUUGCCUAUGCUUGUGAAUAAAAUUAGCGCUUGUGAAUAUGAAGACUUGGACGAUAGUUAUUCGGUAUAUCUUAGACAAUUGGUAAAGGAUAUUUUGCAAAAGGAUUUUGUAUCUCGUCCUUCAGCAAGUGAGAUAAACGCUGUAAGAUUGCCCCAAAUACUAUCACUUGUAAUAGGUCAAAGUAAUAAAAAUACCUCACUUACUCCAAUAAACAUGAUUUAUGAACGAUCCGUGUUGUAUCAAUUAAGUAGUUUUGGUGACAACAUAAGCAUGACACCAGUUGAAUUGCCAAACAAAAAGAUUAUAAGUUUAUCCGCAAGUCAAACACAUUGUAUUGCUGUGACAUUUGACCAUCUUGUGUUUACUUGGGGUAAAGAUAAUCAUGGGCAGUUAGGACAUGGCGUAACAAGUAUAUGACGCAAAUAUCCUACAUGUGUUCAUUAUCUAAGAAACAAAAGCAUAAUUGAUUGUGCCGCUGGAGAAAAUUUUAGUACAUUUCUAAGCAAAGAUGGCCUGGUAUAUUCUUGUGGCGAUGGAAGGAAGGGUUGUUUAGGUCAUAAUUCAUGGCACAGUGUCUUACGACCCACAAUAAUACAGUCUUUACUAACACAAUCAAUUGCACAAAUACAAUGUGGAUCAAAUCAUGUAUUAGCCCUGGCUGCAGAUGGCAAAGUGUUCUCUUGGGGUUCCUCGUCGCACGGUCAACUUGGCUUAGGAGAUAAGAAAUUCUGUUUCACACCAACCGUAGUCGAUGUAAAUGGAGAUCAGCUGAUAAAAAAAAUAUUUGCAUCGUACAAUUCCUCUGCGCUUCUCGACAGCAAUGGUUCAUUAUUUGCAUGUGGUGAUAAUGUUUAUAAAAAACUUGGUUUUGACAAUCAAAGUAAAAUUACUCACUUUCAACAGUUGAAACACAUACAGGACAAGGUGGAUUCAUUCAAUAUUGGCGAAACACAUUCGAUAAUAAUAACAAAAAGUAAAAGUACCAUAGCAUUGGGAAGAAACAACGAAGGACAGUUGGGCAUUGGUCAUUGUAAACCAUGUGUGAUACCACAAAGAUUAGAAUUGCCAUCAGGCGCAACUAUGGUAGCAUGUGGAGAGAGUUAUACAGCAGUCGGUAUCAAUACUAACGCUCUUUAUCUCUGGGGUACAUACUUAAAAGUAAUAUGCACCCAAUCACAUGAAAAGACUGGUGAAAUCAUUGAAAGUAAAGUGUCAGAACAGACUUUACAACCAAGAUGUAUUUUGGCGUUAUAUUCUUCCGAAGAGAGACUUAAAGCAGGACACAAAAUAUGGCUAGGCAGCAUAAUUUCAAUACCUUGCAACCUUUUAGUAUUAGUCCACACUACUGCACCUCCUCCGUUAAAAAAACCAGAAGGUGAUAAAGAAGAGAAAUAUGGUGACAAAACCAAAUAUUUUUCCAACUGGAUGGAUACCAAUGUUGAUUACUCUAGUCAAACGACAUUACCCAACACACCACAGUUCACAUAAAUCACAAAAUAUGAAGGGAUGUAUUUAUUAAUCGUGUAAUUACAAUGUAUUUAUAUAUGGC